AUGGGCUCCAACGGCCCUCCGGGAAACGGCGGUCUGCCGCCUACACAACCGAAUAUCGGCAUGCAAGGACGUCCACAGCAGGUGAAUCCUGGUAUGCAAAUGAAUGCCUUGCAGGGAUUGCAGCCGAUGCUUGUAAACAAUCCAGAAUUUCUGGCCAUUGUGAACGCCGCGCGUCAAGGCCGCGUGAGUGAAGAGCAAUUACAACAGAUCCGCAGCAUUAUUGCUCAGCAACAAAGACAAAACGCUGUACAGCAAAUGAAUGUGGCUCGGCCUGUGCAACCACAGAUGUAUGGAACCGACGCCAGCGCUGUGGCUCAGCAAAAUGCUACUUUCAUGCAGCAACAACAGGCGCAAGCCAAGCCAUCUGGUAUGCCCUCUAUGCCAAAUCAGCCGCAACUUCCUCGUCAUGAGGCUACACUUAUGGAGAAUUUCAAUCGUGUCAUGUCGCCUCUGAUGCUCAAUAUCUCACAGCUAGAAGCAUCUCUUCAAAAUCCCGCUGUCUCUGCACAAGAAAAGCAGCAGCAACAAAAUUUAUACAAUGAGCUGAAAAGCAAGCAGCUGAGCUUAGCCAGGCAGGUGGCCAUGGCUCGUGAGCAGGCGAGAGCCAAGGAUCAACAACAAUUUCAACUCCUGCUUCAGCAGAAACAACAACAAGCCCAACAAGUGAAACAAUCUCAGCCUCAACAGGCACAAAACCAAUCGCUAGCUCAGCAAAUUUCACAGCAGCAGCUGCAUCAGCAUCAGCAGCAGCAACAACAAAAGCAACAUCCCUCGAUCCCGUUGCAACAGGCGCAGCAACCGGCGCUGGCUCAACAAAAACAAGGGCAGACUCAGACACCGAUUCUCACGCAAAACCCUGUCGCAUCUCAAUCUACGUCGCGACCUGUGAAUCCCAACUUACAGUCUAUUUCAGCGGCACAGGAAAAAGGGCAGGGAAGCUUGCCAUCAACGCCUCAGAGUCAGCAUAAGUCUGUCUCUGACUCAACCACAAGAAAUGCGUCGCAACAAGAUACGCCAACGACGAUAGCAAAUGCACAGGCUGCCGCUGUGAUGCGGCCCACCGGCUCGCAUGGCAGCUGGUCGAAUGGUACUUCUGCUGCUGCCAUUACGCCCACGUCUUCUCUUCUUCCUAAUGGGCAAAACCCCGUCUCUACAUCAAGUUCUCUGGCUUCGGUGAUUGCGCAACAAACUGCAACGCCACAACCCUAUCCCAAUGCGUCUGGUCCCCGCCCCACUCUUAUGCAGGGCCUGGGAUCAUCACCCGUAACAAAUACACCACCUGUACUAGUGCGCCCGAAUCCUUUGGGCAGAGGGAACGGUCUCAACAAGUCUAUUUCUUCGUCAAACCCUGGUCGUUCGAACAAUCUAGACGACAUCUUGGGUGUGUCGGAUCAAGGCAAUGCUGAUGAAAACCUUCAGCUGGGCCUGGAAAGUGAAACGAUCUCUACGCAACUAGCUGAUCUUUUGGGCACGUCCUCGUCUUCACUCAGUCCCAGCGGUGCUGCAGGAACGAAUCGUUUGCUCACGAAGCGCAAGGUGCAGGAACUUGUGAGUGAAAUUGACCCAAGUGAGCAGCUGGAAGGCGAUGUUGAAGAUCUGUUACUGGAGAUCGCUGAUGAAUUCAUCGAGAGCGUUACAUCGUUUGCAUGCCGACUUGCAAAGCACCGAAAGAGUGAUCGUCUUGAAGUUAAGGAUAUUCAGUUGCACCUUGAGCGCAACUGGAACCUUCGCGUGCCUUUUCCAGGAUCCAUGCCUAUUCCGCCAACGCGUUUCAAGGCACCAACCACGUCGAAGAGUAAUAAUGCUGGUGGUGGGUCGACGACCUAG